UCCUCGUGCGGUUCGGUUGGCUAUUCUAACGGUCUAUGCGCGCCUUUAUCGCGUUCGUUCCAUUGGGAACCGUCUUUGUUCAAAAAGUAAACAACAACAAAAUCGAGAGAGUGCGCAAUAAUUGAAUAACAUUUCAAGUCACAUAUAUAGAAAACACAUAUUCAUGCCAAAAGUUGAUAAUCAAACACGUGAUACUGAAUUAAGAGUCCGGCUUACCGGCUUCCAUGUUUAAGUCGACGAUUGAUAAUCAGCUCGCAGCUCGCAGAUUCAGCUCAUCUCCCAGUGGCAAUUUGCAUUGAUGAACUGUGGACGAUGCGCGACGUGCAUAAUAAAAACCAAUCCGAAAGCAUAAGCAUCAUCGAUAUUCAAAACCUUUCCCAAAACCAAACCAAAGCAAAGUAACCAACCACAACAGCCAGCCUAUAUAGACGACUACAGACCCAGACAGAUCUCGUUCGACCUUUGAAGUCGUAGUCUCGUAGUCUCGCUGUGCGUGUGUGUGUUUUGUGCUGUGCUCUCAGUGCUUGUGUGUGUGUGAGAAAAGUGUGAAAAAGCGCAAAAUAAAUAUUAAAAGCGAAACGUGCAUGGAUUAGAAAGCAUAACCAGCCAACGGCAGCAACAACAUUGCAGUAAUAACAAUAACAACAGUGGAAAGCAGCAGCAGCAGCAACAGCAACAGCGGCAGGAACAACAGCUUCAAAUCAGACGUUGCCGCCGUUGCAGACGGCGUCUGGCGCCGGAACUGUCUAACGGCACAACUGAAGCAGCAGCCAACACAAUAAAAAUGGCUAAACUGGAAGGAGAAGUAAGCGAUGGAGGAGGAGCAAAACGGAAACGAGCCUGCAUACUGAGAUCGAGACAGGGCUUACCUAGUUUGCAUGCGCUUUUCAAUGUGUUGACUCUGAGCUGCAUUAUAAUCUCCGAUUUAUUACUCAGCGCCCAUGGACUGAAGGAUCUGAAGAUAUUCGUACCGGAAGCUGUCAUCAUGGGCAAUGCAGCGACAUUGUCUUGUCAAUAUGAUUUGGAGCAGGCGGCGUUAUAUUCGGUGCGCUGGUAUUUCAACCAGGAGGAGUUCUAUCGCUACGUGCCACGCGAGGCGAAGCCCACAUUAGUCUUCCUCGUCUCGGGCAUUAAUGUUGAUCUCGCCAACUCGGAUGCGACGUCUGUGACUCUGAAAGGAGUCACCCGGGAACUAACUGGCAGCUAUCAGUGUGAGGUGUCAGAAGAUGCGCCACUCUUCCACACGGACAUUCGGUCUUCGCACAUGCAAGUGAUUGAGCUGCCCAAAGACGAUCCAGCGAUGCAAGUGGACAAGAAAGUAAUUGGCGUCAAUGACAACUUCAAAGCAGUGUGCACAGUGGGUCCAUCGUAUCCGCCAGCGAACAUCACAUGGUACAUCAACGGACGAAAGGUAUACAAAACGCCGCUGCAACGCAUUACACAGGACGCAUUUGAGGGUUCGACCACAUACUCCUCGCUGGAAAUCUAUCCACAUAGCCAGGUGUUGCAGGGCUUCUUCCAGGCCAUGCCCAAGUAUCAGACCAGUAUACUGUUGCUCUGCGAGGUCUCCAUACUGCAUGUGUUCCACAAGAACGUGCAACAGCGCAUCGGGCUGAGCAGUGCGCCGCCGACGACAAUUUCACCCAAUCUGCUGGGCCUGGAAGGCUCGAAGCGAUAUGCUAAUGGCGAUCCGGAUAAUUCAGCGCUUACAGGUGCCGCCCAGUGCAGUUGUAGUGCUGUCGGAGUGCUCGUCCUGGCGGUGGCCACUCUGGCAGCAGCUCAGCUGUGACCAGGACAACACACAGCAGGAGGCGCCACAUAAGCCAAUGGUCGAGUUGUCGGGAAAACACACACACACAUUCACACAU